AUGAUGGAGAAAGAUAUGCUGAUACAAUUGUGGAUGACAAAUGGUUUUAUUACAUCUAAAGAACAAACGACAUUACAUAAUGUGGGCCAUGGGAUUUUCUGGGACUUGGUUUGGUGGUCCUUCUUACAAGAUGUGGAAGAGCACGAGGAUGGAACAAUAGUUUGUAAAAUGCACGACCUCAUGCAUGAUCUUGCACAAUCUAUUAUGAGAUACGAAUGCUCUAUUAUGGUGCCUCAUGAGGCCAUGAAAAUUCGAGAUAAAAUUCGUCACUUGUCUUUUAAUAUUGGCCAUGGAGGGAUUGUUCCUUGGAAUGAGAUUGUAUUUGAAGUCCCGUCUUUGCAGUCUGUCUUAAUAUUGUCCCGGCCUGUCAUCUUCACUUACAAGGACAAUUGUUCACCUUACAUUUCAAAUCAAAAGUAUCCUAGAGUGUUGGAUUUUGGUAAAAAUGCUUAUGAGAAGUUGUCAAUGUCAAUUUCCAAUUUCAGCCAUCUUAGGUAUCUGGACAUGUCAUGGUCUAAUAUGAAAAUUCUACCGGAAUCAAUAUGUAAUAUCCAAAACCUGCAGACACUGAAGCUACAAUAUUGCCGACAACUUCAGAAGUUGCCCAAGCGCAUGAAGCACAUGAGAAAUCUCACUUACUUGGACAUCACAGGGUGUGAUUCUCUUACUUCAAUGCCUGAUAAAAUGGGACAAUUAACUUGCCUACAAAGACUAGGCAUGUUCAUUGUGGGCCAAGGUGAGGGUUACCAAAUUGGUGAGCUGAAAGAAUUAAAUCUUGGGGGUACGUUGAGCAUAAAGAGACUCGAGAAUGUAAGAAAUUCAAAAGAUGCCAAGAAGGCCAAUUUGAAGAGGAAACAAGAUCUUAUUUCUUUAGAAUUAUAUUGGAGCAAGAGCAAUGAAGAAAACAUUCCAAAGAAUGUCAAAGAGGUUCUUGAGAGUCUCCAACCUAAUUUGAAUCUGAAGAAGUUGAGCAUAAAUUUCUUUCAAGGUUCAAAGUUUCCAAAUUGGAUGUUGGGUUUGGUUCUUAAAAAUCUGGUUGAGAUCUCCUUAAAAGAUUGUAAAAGAUGUGAACAUCUUCCUCCUCUUGGCAAACUACAAUCCCUAAAAAUUCUCAAGGUUGAAUGCGUGUUUUCUCUUAAGUACUUCAACCAUGGGGAUUAUGGAGAUGGGGAAAGUUCAUUCCCUGCAUUGGAGACUCUCAUGUUCAAUGAAAUGCCAAGUUUGGAGGAGUGGGCAAUAGUGGAUAGAGGACAAAUUUGCCCUUGCCUACGGAAGUUGGUGAUAUCUGGGUGCCCCAAAUUGACAAAUUUGCCUUCUCUUCUAGCACUUGAGAGAUUAACAAUUGAGGGAGGCAAUGAAAUGUUAUUUAGGUCCGUGAUUAAUCUUAUGGCCUUGGAGUCCUUACACCUUGUAUGA